GUAUCAGUGCGAAAAAUGCUUCGCUUGGGACGUGUCUUGUGGACAGCUGCAGUGCAGCAGCAAUUGCGAUUAUUGAGCGGAACGCAGACGUCUGUUGGUGGCGGAGAUGCGGUGCCCAAACACUGCGAUGUUCUGAUCAUUGGAGGCGGCGGCAUGGGCGCCUCCUCAGCCUAUUGGCUGAAGAAGAGAGCCGAACAGAAGAAGCUCAGUGUGCUGGUUGUGGAGCGGGAUGCGGGCUAUACGACUGCAUCAACUGUGCUCUCAGUGGGCGGCGUGCGGCAACAGUUCUCGCUGGCAGAGAACAUAAAUAUGUCGCUGUUUGGCUACGAUUUCAUAUCCGACUGCCGCAGCCAUUUGGGUGACGUGGAACUGAACUUUCAGCCACAUGGCUAUCUAAUCUUGGCCAGCGCGAAUGGCGCAGAGAUCCUCAGUCGCAACUCCAAGCUGCAGAAUGAGCUGGGUGCCUGCAAUGAGCUGCUUGGUCCAGCGGCGUUGAGCAGUCGCUUUCCCUGGCUCAGCACGCACGGCAUCGAGCUGGGCUGCUAUGGGCUCAAUAAGGAGGGCUGGUUCGAUCCGUGGGCGCUGCUGAUGGGCUUCAAGAAGCAGGCACGCGCCUAUGGGGCACAGUUCGCCAAUGGUGAGGUGACGGGUUUUGAGUACGAUGCAGCUGGUCAGCUCUCUGCAGCUGUGGUUAGCUCUGCGGAUGGCAGUAAACACACCGUGAAGUUCGAUAAUUGUGUCCUGACUGCGGGUGCAUAUUCCGGACAGGUGGCGCGGCUGGCCAACAUUGGCACUGGCAAGGAGCUGCUGAGCGUGCCGUUGCCCGUGGAGCCGCGCAAGCGUUAUGUCUACGUUUUCAAUACGCAGGGUCGCAAUUGUCCGGGCUUGGCCACGCCUCUGACUGUGGAUCCCGAUGGCACCUACUUCCGGCGCGAUGGUCUUGGCGGAAAUUUUCUGGGCGGUCGCAGUCCGGCAGAUCACGAGGAGCCCAGCUGUGAUACCCUCGAUGUGGACCAUGGCUACUUUGAGUCCAAUGUAUGGCCCACUCUGGCCAGCCGUGUGCCCGCCUUCGAGUCGGUCAAGGUGCAGAGCAGCUGGGCCGGCUACUACGAUCACAAUUGCUUCGAUGCCAAUGGUAUCAUUGGAAGGCAUCCGCACUACACGAAUCUGUUCAUCGCCACCGGUUUCAGUGGCCAUGGCAUACAGCAGACGCCAGCGGUGGGUCGAGCCAUUGCCGAACUAAUACUGGAUGGAAAAUAUACCACACUUGAUCUCAGUCGAUUGGGCUUUGAGCGUCUGGUGGCACAGCAGCGCAUGCUGGAGGUGAACAUUGUCUAGAAACUGAAGAAGAAGUACCUAAAAUAUGUAAAUAAAUUAUUAGUUUGUUGUUUCGAUUUAUUGCAAUUGUUUGGGUUUUCUUUCAUUUUUUAAAUAUUUUUUUUCUGUAUAUAGUUUAUGAUAGUAAACUUCAUUUUCGUUACAAUUGCUUUCCAUUUCAUUGAGAGGAUCCAGAGAUCCGCCCCAGAGGGCGGAAAAGAAAAAGGAAAAAUCUGUCGUGUAUAAUGGAUGGGAGUGUGUCUACAUAUAAUUUAUUUAAAAUAAGAAUUUAAUUAUUUAUAUAUAAUCAUGUAACGAUUACGGAAUCAAGUGACGCAUCGUUUGUUUUACAGUUGCCUUAUUUUUGUUUUUCAACUUGUUUGCGUUUGUUAAUAAUUAUAUAGAUUUUUAUAUAUUUGUCGUUCGAACUACAUACACAAGAAUUUGCAAAAUAAA